AUGCUUUUAUGUUUCAGAUUGGGGAAACAACCAAUGAAAAGAGAGAACUUUACUCUCAUCACUGAUUUUAUUUUCCAAGGUUUCUCCAGCUUCCGUGAGCAGAUCACCCUUUUUGGCGUGUUCCUUGCACUAUACAUCUUAACCCUAGCAGGCAAUAUCAUCAUUGUGACCAUCAUCUGAAUUGAUCAUCAUCUUCACACACCCAUGUACUUCUUCCUGAGCAUGCUGUCCACUUCAGAGACUGUAUAUACAUUGGUCAUUCUCCCAAGGAUGCUCUCCAGCCUCGUAGGUAUGAGCCAGCCCAUAUCAUUGGCAGGGUGUGCCACACAGAUGUUCUUUUUUGUAACCUUUGGCAUCACUAACUGCUUCCUGCUCACAGCAAUGGGAUAUGACCGCUAUGUGGCCAUCUGCAACCCCCUGAGAUACAUGGUUAUUAUGAACAAGAGGCUGCGUAUCCAGCUUGUCCUGGGGGCCUGCAGCAUUGGGCUGAUUGUAGCAAUAACACAAGUGACAUCUGUAUUCAGAUUACCCGUCUGUGAUAGAAAGGUGCCCCACUUCUUCUGUGACAUCCGACCUGUGAUGAAGCUCUCCUGCAUUGACACCACUGUCAGUGAAAUCCUGACUUUGAUUAUCCGUGUGCUGGUGCUUGUUGUACCUAUGGGUCUGGUUUUCAUUUCUUAUGUUCUCAUUAUCUCUACAAUCCUCAAGAUUGCUUCAGUUGAGGGCCGGAAGGCUUUUGCCACCUGUGCCUCCCACCUCACUGUGGUCAUUGUCCACUACGGCUGUGCCUCCAUUGCCUACCUCAAGCCCAAGUCAGAGAACACCAGAGAUCAUGACCAGCUGAUCUCGGUGACCUACACUGUCAUCACUCCCCUACUGAACCCUGUGGUAUACACCCUGAGAAACAAAGAGGUCAAAGAUGCUCUGUGCAGGGCUGUUGGUGGGAAGUUUUCCUGA